CGUGAAUCCAGUUAGACCCAUCCGUGCUCCUACACAUCAGCGCGUCACGUGACGCCGCCUGUAGCGCUGCACGCGGGAGUCCCAAGUCUGGAUUUCACACAAAAACUUAUUUGUUCUCAUUUCUUCUAGUCCGAUGGCAGAUAUGGAUCCGACUCGGGAGAUGUUGAGCUCCAAGCUGCUGACCCUGGUGCUGGUGGUGCAGCCCGGCAGAGUGCUGCUCGGCAUGAAGAAGAGAGGAUUUGGGGUCGGGAAGUGGAAUGGUUUUGGGGGCAAAGUUCAACCUGGAGAAAGUAUUGAAGAUGGUGCAAGGAGAGAACUGCAAGAAGAAAGCGGCCUCACGGUGGACGCUCUCGAGAAGGUCGGAAACAUCAAAUUCGAAUUUGUUGGAGAAACGCAGCUGCUUGACGUCCAUGUUUUCCGUGCCGACUCUUAUAACGGAGAGCCAACAGAGUCAGAAGAAAUGCGGCCUCAGUGGUUCGAAUUCGACCAAAUUCCUUUCAGUGACAUGUGGGCCGAUGACAUCCUGUGGUUCCCACUGAUGCUCCAGAAGAAGAAAUUUGUUGGAUAUUUUAAGUUUCAGGGUCACGAUGUGAUCCUCAGCCACAAGCUGGAGGAAGUGGAGGAACUGUGACACAUCCUGCGUUUCUGAGGACAUUUAUGACCGUGACAACAAAAGCAUCUUCCAAACUUCUGGUGCCACCGUUCACGGCCCGACGCCACCGAGGACUUCACCUCGUUCACUGUACAUGGAGAGCUUACAAAAGGUUACAUAAUAAAUAAAACAAAGAAGCAAUAUAGUGACAGAAAUAUCCAAUCUGUUAUUUUAUUUUUCAGGAUAAAUGAUUCAACAACAAGAUUUCUUUCUUAAAAUAUUUACAAUAUCUACAGUAAUAAUUCUAUUGUUAGUCAACUUGAUUCUUGCCCAAACAAACAUGUUUCAUUCUGUAUUAAUAAAAGUUGUGCGUACAUCUUGA